CUUUUCUUUUUUUCUUAUUUUUCCCAACACUUUUUUUUUUUUUUCCUAAUAUGACAGAACAAAUCACUACAGCUCCUGAAUCAACUGAAGCCACUUUUUGGUCUCGUGUAUCUGCAUUCCCUGUUGUUCAAGAUAGUCUUGGCAAAGUACAACAAAUUGCAAAUCAAACCUCCAUUAGUCGUUAUGCUCUUCAACAAGCUGAAAAUACUUUUACCAAGGCUAGUGAAAUGGCUACUCCUUAUACUGAACAAUAUAUCAAAAAAGCCGAUGCUCUUGGUUGUCGAUCUUUAGAUAUUCUUGAACAAAGAUUUCCUGUUGUUACUCAAUCUACUGAUGAACUUGUUCAAGCUGUCAGACAAUCUCCUCAACAACUUGUAUCCUCUGUUUCUACUCCUGUCAAUAAACAUAUGCUUACUGCUGCUGGAAAUAUUGAAACUCUUGUUGAUAAAUGGUUACCUCCAACCGAUAACAAUACAAAUGAACAACAACAAGAUGAACAAUUGGCUUUAGCACGAUUUUAUUAUUUAGCUAAUAAUGUUAAGGAUAGACUUCAUCAACGUUAUCAACAACAAAUUGAACAUAUUCCUCGUAGUAAAGAGGAAGUGGCUCGUUUGGCUGAAACAAAUCAAUACCUUCAAGAUACUGUGGCUCAUGUGAAAAAGAUCAAUCAUCAACUUCAAGAAUGGGUGACACAUUCUCGUCAAUUGGCUGAAAAUCGUGUACAAGGACUUCGUGAUAAUAUCAAAGGUGGAUUGGAAUCAACUCAAGCUAUGACAAACCAACGCAUUCAUGAUCUCACUGUGGAAUUAUUCAAUAGAUUAGAUGUUGCCUCUGAAUUCUUGAAGGACCGUUCUACCAAAUUACCUGACUUUGUACAAAAGAAUUUGGAACCUUUGGCUGGAUUUGCUGGUCAUGAAUACAAUAUCAUCCGUACCGAAGCUCUCAAAGAAGAUAUCGCUCCUCUCCAAAAGGCAACCAACAUCCUCCAAUUAUCUCAUGAUUAUAUUGUUCCCUUCCUUCAAUCUUCCGUUGGUGGCAUUCAAGAUCAAUUACACUACUAUACUGUUUAUGCUCAAUCUUCUAUUGGUCUCAAAUCUUCCCAUCCUUCUACUGAAAAUGUCAAUCCUACUGUGAAAGCUUAAAUAGUCUUUUUUUUAUAUAUUUACUUACAUCUUAUACUAUUAUAUUAUACUUUAUUUCUUUUUUUUUUUUAAUCUACUUUUAGUUCAUAUAUUAUUGCAUUGAAAACAAAAAAAAACAAUUCAAAUAUCCCUCCCCAUUCAAUACUUUUAUUUACUUUACGUUUUUUUUUAUAUUCAUAUCCUUUUCAUUCAUUAAAAUAAAACAAAACAAAUAAAUAUUUUUUAUCAAA